AGCAACCAAACAUCUGGCAAAUAUAGUAAAAGGGAUAUUCUGGUAGGACGUAUGCCUACCAUUAGUUCUGAAUACUGGUGAGGUUUUGAGGGCAAAAUGGCUGUGAUGAUUGGAAUCGCUUUCAGAGUUUCUUGGUUUUGUUGCCUGCUAAUUGGAGGGAUAACGUGUUCUAAAUCAGAAGGUGAUUGGUCUCCUGCACUGGAUUCUAAUGCAGCAUGGCUCUAUGCAGGAUCACUUCCGUCUCUAGGAUAUGGCAAUUAUAAGUCUCAGAAAUCUCAACUGCAAGCGCAACAGAAACAUCCGGCCGCCAUCCUGCGGAAGGAACUGGCCCCCAUGUCCCAGCAACCUCAGCAAGUGUGGCAUCAAGCUAACAUGCUGCAGCAGAAGCAACCGCCCGCCGUGCCCCAGCAAGUGUGGCAUCACGCUCCAAUGCUGCCACAACCACCGACCGCCGUGCCCCAGCAAGUGUGGCAUCAAGCUCAAAUGCUGACGCAUAAGCAACCGCCCGCCGUGCCCCAGCAAGUGUGGCAUCAAGCUCAUAUGCUGACGCAUUAGCAACCGACCGCCGUGCCCCAGCAAGUGUGGCAUCAAGCUCACAUGCUGACGCAUAAGCAACCGACCGCCGUGCCCCAGCAAGUGUGGCAUCAAGCUCACAUGCUGACGCAUAAGCAACCGACCGCCGUGCCCCAGCAAGUUUUGCAUCCCGCUCAAAUGCCCCUGCAGCAGAAGCAACCGACCGCCGAGCCCCAGCAAGUUUGGCAUCCCGCUCUAAUGCCCCUGCAGCAGAAGCAACCGACCGCCGUGCCCCAGCAAGUAUGGCAUCCUGCUCUAAUGCCCCUGCAGCAGAAGCAACCGACCGCCGUGCCCCAGCAAGUGUGGAAUCCAUUUCACACACUGCAGAAGCAACCGACCGCCGUACCCCAGCAAGUGUGGCAUCCUGCUCUAAUGCCCCUGCAGCAGAAGCAACCGACCGCCGUGCCCCAGCAAGUAUGGCAUCCUGCUCUAAUGCCCCUGCAGCAGAAGCAACCGACCGCCGUGCCCCAGCAAGUGUGGAAUCCAUUUCACACACUGCAGAAGCAACCGACCGCCGUACCCCAGCAAGUGUGGCAUCCUGCUCAAAUGCCCCUGCAGCAGAGGCAACCGACCGCCGUGCCCCAGCAAGUGUGGCAUCCACCUCAAAUGCCCUCUAGGCAGAAUCAAACGACUGCCAUGCUCCAGCAAGUAUGGCAUCCUGCUCUAAUGCCCCUGCAGCAGAAGCAACCGACCGCCGUGCCCCAGCAAGUGUGGAAUCCAUUUCACACACUGCAGAAGCAACCGACCGCCGUGCCCCAGCAAGUGUGGCAUCCUGCUCAAAUGCCCCUGCAGCAGAAGCAACCGACCGCCGUGCCCCAGCAAGUGUGGCAUCCUGCUCUAAUGCCCCUGCAGCAGAAGCAACCUACCGCCGUGCCCCAGCUGGGGUGGCAUCCUGCUCAGUUUCCCCAGCAGAAGCAACUAGCCCCUAUGCCUCUACUGCAGAAGGAACCAACCACCAUAGCCCAGCAACCUCAGCAGGUGUGGCAUCCAGCUCAAAUGUCCAAGAAUCGAACAUCCACUGAACCUCAGCAGAAGGAACUGACCGCCAUGCCCCAGCAAAUGUGGUAUCGAGCUAAAAUGCUCCAACAGGAGAAUCAUCUGGCCGCCAUUGUCCAGCAGCCUCCGCAGGAACUGGCCGUCGAGCAGCAGCAGGAACUGGCCGUCGAGCAGCAGCAGGAACUGGCCGUCGAGCCCCAGCAGCAGCAGGAACUGGCCGUCGAGCCCCAGCAGGAACUGGCCGUCGAGCCCCAGCAGCAGCAGGAACUGGCCGUCGAGCCCCAGCAGCAGCAGGAACUGGCCGUCGAGCCCCAGCAGCAGCAGGAACUGGCCGUCGAGCCCCAGCAGCAGCAGGAACUGGCCGUCGAGCCCCAGCAGCAGUCCAGUUUCAUCAUAGCUCUUGAUGCACUUGAAGAAACGUUCAGUUCUUGAAAUGUUCCUGUCUGUCGUUUCCCUUUGCUUAUUUGAAUGGUUCUCACCAUAAUAUGGACUUGGUCUUUUACCAAAUAGGGCUAUCCACCCUUACCUUGUCACAACACAAGGAAAGAAAUUCCACAAAUAAACUUUUUACAAGGCACACCUGUUAAUUGAAAUGCAU